AAUAAAUGGGUAAAUUUCGGUUAUGCUAGAUACAGCAACCGCUACAUUUUACACAUCUCUAUUAGCAUGUGUACCUCUUGGUGGCUUGUAUAAAAACAUUGAAAAUGAGGAAAAGCGGCGGGCAUUAGGUACUGGGAUAGGAAUUCUGAUUGCAAUAGUUAUCUGCGGUCCCAAAGUAUUUUACACAGUUUUAUUGGUAUCUGGAAAUAUUAUUGUGAUCAAAUGCUGCGAUAAACGUUUCGUACAUAAAAUGAGCCUCUCGUUUACAUGGAUGUUCCUUCUAUAUUUAUAUUUCCAUAUUGGAUGCACUAAAUACGCUGGAUGGUUAUUCCAAACUCUAUCAUUAAGACUGGUCGGUUUAGCUUUCGAAAUUAACAUCUAUGACCAAACCACAAGCAACACUGAAAGCAAAAGCAAGACUGAAAAAAGUGCUCCGCAUAAAGUUCCUGCGAGUUUACCUGACGAAAAGGUUACUCAAUUAUCCGCCGCUGACAUUGCCACGUAUGCAUUUUUCUUUAUUGGCAUACAUAAAGGGCCGUAUUAUACGUGGAAAUCCUUCAACGACCAUUUAAAUAGCACUGUCAGCGUGCAAGGCGAUUUCUGGGUGGUCACCGGGCAGAAGCUGAGAAAGACUUUUUUGCUGACACUUGGAUAUUUUGCCCUGCGGUCGAAUUACCCGAUCUCUAUCUACGAAGAUGAUGAGUUCUACACAAACUAUGGCACCGAUUAUCGAUUCUUAUUCUGUAUGCCACAACUAGUGAUUUACUACCUGGAGUCCCAGAUCAUCCUGAUGAUCACCACCAGCGCGUGUUCGGGAGCGGGGUUUGGCGUGUAUCCUGUUAAGUCCAUGGCGGUGCCGGGCGCCGGACCUACAAAGCCGGUCGUGGGCCCAGAACUGCCACCGGAUAAAGAAGAAUACAAUUUUUCGAUGCUAAAAUGUUUCGAUAACGAGAAAAUAUUGAUGGGGCCGAAAAUGAAGGACACGAUACGUGGCUGGGACAUGGCCACGCGGUACUGGUUCGCGCAGUACAUCGUCAAGAAUCUUAUUAAUAAUAACUUCGAAGUAAGAAGCGCGUGCUCAUUCCUGCUUUGGACGAUAUGGACGGGUUCCACAAUCCAAGAUACAAUCAUGGCAAUGACCCUCUGGGUCUACAUUCACUUGGAAUCCGAUUAUUCCCAGUUGUACUCGGAAUCGCUAACAGGCCCAUGGGAUCUAGGCUUUGCGAUAAUGCGCAUUUUAUGCUUAUGCUACCUUACCCCAUGUCUCAUCAUAGAAGACUGGGCCGUAGCCCUGAGGUAUUACAAUUCAAUCUACUGGGUAUACCACAUCGUACUCGGAGUUCUGACAGUGGCAGCGAUUGCUAUAGAUAAAAGUAGAACAAGAGUUAAAUUGAUCUCAAAUGCAGAGACUCUAAAAGGUAUUCCCGUUCCCGCGGGUAAAAGCAAAACUGAUGACGUAGCACCAAGCAAGCCUGAAGGCAUUACCCAGGACAGCGAGCCUUCUACUAGUGGGAAUAAAUGA